CCCCCCCCCUCCUCCUCCUCGUCCCGUCGCUCACGUGACGCAUAGUUUUAGUCAUGGCCGACGACUACAGGCGACAGGGUUUCGAGUUGGAGAGAAGGAUAUUCGAGUUAGACAUCAAGUGUUCGAGUCUCAGAGCCGAGAAGCAAGAUGACGACUAUUUACAGAAUGCGUCUGCCAUACUAGACAAGUUGAAAAGCUAUUACAGACAAGGAGGGGAGAGUAGCAACCUGUCCAAGCUGCUUCAGGAUUACACACAGGUAAUUCUAGACAUCACAUUUUAUGAAGAGAAUAAACUGGUGGACCAGGAGUUCCCUGAGGACUGUUCACCAUUUAAAAUCCAGCAGUUGCUGCAAGAUCUGACCGAGCCAGAGGUUUUGGCUGGGAGGCUAGCACCAGCACAAGAGGUGCAGUCUGUGUUGGGGCUGGAGCUGUUAGAAUGCCUCUAUUGGAGACGUGGAGCUCUGUUGUACAUGUACUGCCACACCCUUCAUCAACGAAAACAGUGGAUCAAGAAAAACAAGGAUACAUUCCUAAAGUGUAUUCAGGAAGGUGUGCGGUACCUGAUGCGGAUGCUGCAGGUGAGAAACUCUGUGAAGAUAAAUGAUGGGGUGGUGCUCCAUGACACUGCUACUGCAGGCUUCCUAUCUGAAGGCAUCUUCUCAGAUACACACCUGCUGACAAUGAUGUACAUCGGAGAAAUGUGUUUCUGGGCCGUGAAGUACGAGGACUAUAGCGCUGACACCAUGGAUCGGAAAGAGGAUCGCCUGCAGUUUCGGGACAUUGGCACUCAGAUCCUCAACAAAUACGUGCUCGCCUGCGAGGGACCUCUGCAAGGCCAGGGUUGGAACACGGAGAACGCCAAGGAAAUUCUUAGUAUUCUACAGUGAACAACGCUGCUCCUGUGUUGAAGUUGCCCUCAGGCACCGAUCUAACUUCAGUAUUCAAAUGUGUGUCGCCCCCAAAUAAAAAUUGAACCCAUCAGGUGGGGUGUAAUGUUGUGGAAGGUUAAGGGGAGGCACGAGGAAUAUGUGAAGAAAGUCUUUGGAUCAGUGUCUACUGGCAACCUCAUCCAAUGCCAAACGGCCCGUGGCCAAAGCAGGUGAAUGCGAGAGAGUCUAAGAGCGGUGGUGUAAAAGUGGCAGGUGCUGCAGAGGAGGCUGAGGAAUAUUUUGUUUUGCCCUGUCCUGCUGAAAAAGCAGUUAUCAUCCUGAUUAUAGACUGUUGACUGGGGCACUUACUUUGCUCUAAGAAUGUGUUAUAAUAAUAUUAUUAAUAUAAAAAAAGGUUAUUAAUAAAAUUGACCUUUUUUUAAUUUCUUUUUUUUUAAGAUUGUUACAAGUUUAAGGAUAAUCCAGCUGGAGAUGAGACAUUGCACAGUAACAUUUUAUUUAUUGUUUUGUUUCCAUUUUGUUAUGCUUUUAAUAUAUUAUAAUUGCAUAUACAUAACUGAGUGUGUGUAAAAACACACACAAGAGUUGAAGAGAGGUGUUAAAAAACAGAUGACGUAUUCAUGACCAUUUGAGGUGUGUUCAGAUUUGUUCAUACCAGGUUUGUAAUGCACCACUUGUAUUCCCAUCUAUUGCAAGUUUUUGUUUUUCUGCCACUUGAGUAACUUUGAUAGUAUAACUAUUAGUAGAGAUUCUGUGUUGUUUGGACGAAAAAUCAUUUUCUGUUUUCUAUGUCCCCGUUGACAAUAAACACGCCCGUUUUAAGAAAUAAAUUGUUUUGCAACUA